GGGACCUGUAGUUUCUCUAAAGACGGGAGCUUGUGCCACAGCAGUUCUGAGGCGGUUCUCCAGAGGAAAACUGAGCUAAGAAGACGUCCUCUGAGGAGAAACAAUCAGCAAGCUACAGUCACGAAGCUUCGAAAUACAAUCAUAACUCGCUUCAUGAAGGGGCUAUGUUGAGAAAUAUGUAGAGUAGUAAUUAACUUGUUGACGAACUUCAUAUCACACAAGAAAAGACGCUACAAUGUCCUAGGCGAUAUACUCUUCUCGGACCAUUGAUUUUAUGUCCUUUUUUGGAAAAAAAAAAAAAGUUUCCUUAUACGGUUCAUGACUAUUUGUUUACGAAGUCUUUGCUAGACAGUUCUGGAUGCAUCAUCUAUAUUUCAGCUGCCACUUAGGGAGAUCUCCCUGUCUUCAGUGUCAUCCAGUCAAAAUCCCGGAGGAUACACUUAUAGUUAGACGAAUUGUGCUUGUAACCACCAGGAAUAGCAAAGCAUUACUUCAAAAGAAUGCUCAGUUUGGACUUCUCAGGCGACUGAAGGGAGGGUUCAAGUAAGCAGAUGCUAUCAGAAGGAUCCCAAAGGCAGACAACAGAGUCAGAGACAGCCCCUGCUUCCAGUCCUACAUGAAGACCAAGCUACACCACUGCAACAUAUGUGCAGAGGCCCUAGGCUUCUCAGGAUGGAUGUCACCCGCCUACUCCUGGCCACCCUAGUGGGCUUCCUGUGCUUCUUCACCAUUUAUAGCCACCUGGUACUCGAGGAGAACCUUGGAGAUGACAAGAGUCUGAAGAGCAACUCCUCCACGAACUCACUGGAUUGCUCCUCUGUUUCUAUCGUGGCGCUGAACAAGAAAUCCAAGAAGAUCAGCAGAAAAGAAGCCGAGAAGCAGAAGAGAGCUUCCAAGAAAAAGGCUUCCAAGAAGAAGGCGGCACGCCCCCCGCCACCCACGCCCUGCGUGGCCACCCGCGGCAGCUGCAAGCCGCCGGCACCCGCCUGCUGCGACCCGUGCGCCUCCUGCCAGUGCCGCUUCUUCGGCAGCGCCUGCGUGUGCCGAGUCCUCAACCCCAACUGCUGACGCCGCUCCGACGCUGCGCGCGCAGCUUCUCGACGGGUGACUGGGCGGGGCUUCAGGGUCAGGGGCGCUUCUGGGCUGGGGGCGGGGCCUCUGCGGGUGGAGCUUACGGGUGGGCGCGGCCGGUAGUUGUGGCUUGGGUCCGCUUUCGCCAAACUGCGGGCUUUCGGGGAAACCCAG